AUGCAAGACAAUCUUGAUUAGACAGCUUCAUUUUUUCAUAACCCUAAACUCAAGAUUCCAAAAUUGAAAUGCACUUAUGAAGUUAUUUGUUCACCUGAUCUCGAAAUUCCUACUUUUAGUAGAAAAGACGACUCAUACUAAUAAAAAUCAUUAUUCAAGUAAUGUCAAAGAAGAAAUAGCCAAACAAACCUUAUUCAUAACAAUUUACAAAAUAUAUUCCAUUAAAUAUCAUUAAAAAAAGCAAAUUCAGACUCAAAACCUAAUCCAAAAGUCCCACCUCUUAAGAUACAGUAAAAAUACCUACUCUCUAAAGUUUCAGAUUAAAAAUCAAUAAGUUAGCAUUCCACAACUAUACUAAGAGGUAGAGAUAGUAUUAAAAUACUCCAAAAUCCUUUUAUCACAGACUCUCGUCAUUCUCAAAAAUCUACUUGUACAUCAGGAAGUUAACCUCCAUAACCAAAAAAAGGAAAACCAUUUUUAUAAAGAAAAGCUUAAAUACAAAUGGUGAAUAGAGUAUUUUCUUCGAUGUCUUAACAUAAAUGA